AUGAUGGAGAACCAGCCGCCCCUCACAUCACCGGAUUCCACACAGGAACAUCAGGAGAUCCCUCAAGAUGAUCAAGUCGCAGGAUUGAUUAUUGUCAAGGUUGAGCCCACAGAUGAAGAUCCGUAUGUGAAUAGUGCUGAGCCAUGCAAGGAGGAGGAAAUCCCUCAAGAGACCAACACAAAUCCAUCCAAUUACAUGAAAACACCAGAGGGAUGUCCCAGUCCUCUUUAUUCCCAAGUUUCCAAACAGGAGGAUCAGAAGAUACCACAAAACUAUAAGGCUGAAGACCUUGUGGUCAUUAAAGUCGAAGAUGUGAACGAUGACGUCAUGUAUGGCAGCUCUAACGCUGACUAUGGACAACAUGGCAGGAAUAUCCUAAAGAAACCCCCGAAGACCUCUCCAGAUGGUGACCUUACCGACACCACCUCUGACCCCUCUGUACACCAGAACUGCUUUACCAGUUGCCCCCGUUCCGCAGCCAAAGACCUCAGCAAGUUCUUCUCUUGUUACGAGUGUGGCCGCUAUUUCAUUCAAAGGGCCGACCUUGCGUCCCACUUGAAAACCCAUUCUGACCAAGCCGGCAGUGAAGGAGCGUUCCCAUGCCCCGACUGUGGGAAGGCUUUCGACCAUAAACACAAGGUAGUCCAGCACCGCAGGAUUCACACUAAGGAUAAGCCAUUUGCUUGCUCUGAAUGCGGGAAGCAUUUCAUCUGGAAGUCCCUCUUGGCCCGACACCAGAAGGUACACACGGAUGAGAAGCCGUACUCUUGCCCCAAGUGUGCAAAGUGUUUCACCUGGAAGUCGAACCUGGUUGACCACCAAAGGAUUCACGCGGCACAGAAGCCCUACGCCUGCUUUGAGUGCGGAAAGUGCUUUGGGAGCAAGAUCCACCUCAGCAAGCACCAGCGCGUGCACACUGGAAUCAAGCCGUACCCAUGCACGGACUGCGGGAAGUGUUUCGCACAAUUGUCGUCCCUGGUUAAACACCAGGGCACGCACGCCGCUCAGAAACCCUUCUGCUGCCUUGAAUGCGGGAAGCGCUUUGCAUCAAAGUCCAACCUCCUCUGCCACCACCAAAGGAGCCACAGCGGAGAGAAGCCCUUCUCCUGCUCCGAGUGCGGCAAGCACUUUGCCAAGAAGCCAUGGCUGGUGGAGCACCAGAGGACGCACACCGGAGAGAAGCCAUUUGCAUGCUCCAAGUGCAGCAAGUGCUUCACACAGAUGUCCUCCCUCGCCAAGCACUUGAAAAUUCACACGGGGGAGAAGCCGUUCUCUUGCUCUGAAUGCGGCAAGCGCUUUGCCGGGAAGCCCAACCUGAUCCUACACCAGAGAACGCACAGCGGUGAGAGGCCCUACCCCUGCCCUGAGUGCGGCAGCUCCUUCGGCAAGAAGCAGUGCCUGGUCGAACACCUGCGCAUUCACACGGGCGAGAAACCGUUUUCCUGCGCAGAGUGCGGGAAGCAAUUCACGCAGAGGUCCAACCUCAUAAAGCACCGCAGGACUCACACCGGAGAAAAGCCUUACUCCUGUGCGGAGUGUGAGAAGACUUUCGCCAAGAAAGCGCACCUUAUCUCCCACCAGAGGACGCAUAACGAACAAAAGCCUUACUCGUGUUCUAAGUGCGGGAAAUGUUUUAAGCAGAGGGCCCAUCUCGCCGGUCACCUGAAGAGCCAUUCCGGCAUGAACAAUUUCUCUUGUUCCCAGUGCGGCAAGCGCUUCAAAUGGAAGUCUAACUUCAUAAAGCACGAGAGGAUUCACACGGGGGAAAAGCCCUUCUCCUGUUCUGCGUGUGGGAAGUGCUUUGCGCAGAAGUCCGACCUAGUAAAACACCAACGCAUUCACACGGGGGAGAAGCCGUAUGCAUGCUUGGAAUGCGGCAAGUUGUUCACAGACCAGUCUCACCUGGUUAAGCACCAAAGGAUCCACACGGGGCACUAUCCCUUUUCCUGCGUGGCGUGUGGGAAGGGUUACUCUCAAAAGUCCCACCUGGAAACUCACCAGCGAAUGCAUGCGGGGGAGAGGCCGUAUUCAUGUUCCCUGUGCGGGAAGCGCUUCUCGGAGAAGUCCAUUCUGGUCCGGCACGAGAAGGCUCACGCGGGGCAGAAGCCGUACUCCUGCUCGGAGUGCGGGAAAUGUUUCCUGCAGAAGUCGGAGCUGGUUAAGCACCAGAGGACACACACGGGGGAGAAGCCGUAUUGCUGCUCCGAAUGUGGCAAAUGCUUUGCACAGAACGCCGAUCUGGCCAGGCAUCAAAGGACGCAUACCAGGGAAAAGCCUUUUUCGUGCUCCGAGUGUGGGAAGGGUUUCACGCAAAAGUCCAAUCUAGUAACCCAUCAAAAAACGCACAAUGGCGCACAUCCUCGCACGUGUCGCCUGUGUGAAAAAAGCUUCUCCGAACAGUCCACCCUGCACCAGCACGAGAAGACUCACAAAGGGGAGAUGCCCUAUUAUUGUCGGGAGUGUGGCAAAGAUUACCUUCACAAGUCAAGAUUCACAUCCCAUCGAAGAAUUCACACGGGAGAGAAACCUUAUUUGUGUUCCAAAUGCGGGAAGAGCUUUGCGAAUAAACCCGAUCUGGUCAGGCAUGUUAGAACGCACACCGGGGAAAAGCCUUUUUCGUGUCCUGACUGUGGGAAACAUUUUACUCAGAGGUCCACCCUGCACCAGCACGAUAAGACUCACAAAGGGGAGAUGCCCUAUUAUUGUCGGGAGAGUGGCAAAGAUUACCUUCACAAGUCAAGAUUCACAUCCCAUCGAAGAAUUCACACGGGAGAGAAACCUUAUUUGUGUUCCAAAUGCGGGAAGAGCUUGGCGAAUAAACCCGAUCUG